AUGGCACGCUGGCUGUCCCUGUUCUCCGAGUACAACUUUGUCGUCCACUACAAGCCGGGCAAAACGAACAUCCUCGCCGACGCGAUAGCGCGUCGGCCAGACUACGUGCAGUCGGGUCGCCACGCGGUUGGUGACGAGGAUGACGAUGAGUGUGCUGUGUGUGUCGCUGAGGGAGUGGCUGCAGUCGAGGUUGCAGCGACCAGUCCACUCCGCGACCUGAUCUCGGCUGCGUACGACUCAGAUGCAGAGUGCUCCGAGAUGAUGAAGUACCUGCGAGAUCCGUCGGACACGGCGCGGCGCCCACUGUCGUCGCGUAGCGGCGCCCGUGUCGAUCGCUACGCCCUGAAUGUCAACCUGCUAACACACUGUGUCGACCGCUCGGACCCUCCGCGCAUCGUCGUCCCGCUGGACGACGAUCUUCGUGCUCGUUUGAUACAUGAGUUCCACGAUACUCCGAGUGGUGGCCAUCUUGGACGCGAGAAAACGUUCGCGUCGCUGUCUCGCGACUUCUACUGGCCGCAUAUGUACAAAUGGGUGCGGAAGUGGUAG